AUGCCGCGGCCGCGCUCCGGGCGCUGCUCGGUACCUGAGGCGCUCCCGGCUCCGCCGUCCGGGACCUGCGGCCCGGAGCCCCCGGCCCGGCCCUUCCCGGGGCUCAGAGCGUGUCGGGACCCCCGGCCCGGCCCUUCCCGGGGCCCGGAGCGUGUCGGGGCCCCCGGCCCGGCCCUGGCCCUGCCCGGCCCGGCGGGUCCGGGGGUCCCCGGUGGGGCCCGGAGCGAUCGGGGCCGGGCCGGGCCCGCCGGAGCAGCGACACCGCGACAGCGCCGCGAGGCCGCCAGGGGGCGCCAGGGGGGCGCGGCGGCGCCGAGGGGGCGGGGCCUGGUGGGCGGGGCUUGGGGCGGGACGGCGGGGCUGGAGCGGGCGGCCGAGCCCGGAGCGGCGGAGAGCGGGGCCCGGAGCGCCGGGAAAGGGCAGCUGAUGUCCCUGCCGAGCCCUGCAUGGCCCCAGCAGGACGAGCCCUCUCCCUGCGGCACCACCGGGGGCCUCCCCCCGGCCUCGUCCGACAGCGACUCCGGCUGUGCCCUGGAGGAGUACCUGGAGCCCCCCGAGGUGCCGCCGUGCUCGCCCCAGCCGGGCUCUGCCUGUGAGCGGACGCGGCUCCGCGCCAGAGCGCUCCUGCAGCAGCUGCCUCCCCAGGACUGCGAUGAGCGCUACUGCCCCGACCUCGCCGAGGAGGAGCGGCGCCAGCUCCGCGCCUUCAGCGCCCGCCGCCGACAGGAGGCUCUGGGACAGGGCCUGGCGUGCCCCGUGCCCGGGCCCUGCCACGGCUGUCCCUGCAGGAAGUGCGGCCGGAGGCUGAACAAAGGGGACCCGGGGGUGUCGGCGUCUCGCCUGGGCGACCAGUUCUGGCACCCAUCCUGCUUCUCCUGCCACUUCUGCCACCAGCAGCUGGUGGAUCUCAUCUACUUCCAGCAGGAUGGGAGGAUCUACUGCGGCCGGCACCACGCCGAGCUCUUCCGACCCCGCUGUGCCUCCUGCGACCAGCUGAUCUUCAUGGAGGAGUGCAUCGAGGCCGAGGGCCGGCGCUGGCACCUGGAGCAUUUCUGCUGCCUGGAAUGCGACGAGCCCCUGCGGGGGCAGCGCUACGUGAUGCGCAGCGGCCGCCCCUGCUGCCGGGGCUGCUUCGAGAGCCUCUUUGCCGAGCCGUGCCAGGCGUGCGGGGACCCCAUCGGUGCCGACAGCGAGCAGGUCACGCACCAGGGGCUGCACUGGCACGCCCGAGCCUCCUGCUUGUGCUGCAGCCUGUGCCGGGCCCCGCUGCGGGGACAGCCCCUCACCUGCCGCCGCGGCCGCCUCUUCUGCUCCGACACCUGCAGCCGCGGCCAGGACGCUUCUUCCACCGCCUCCGACUCCUCGGACUCCGCCUUCGCCUCCGCUCCGUCCCCCGAGUGCACGCCCGGGCCCCCGGCCGGAGCCGCCGGCAGGAGCUCGGCAGCGGCGGGCGGCGGGCAGGGAGGGGAAGGGGAUGAGGCGUUUUCAGAGCAGCCCCCAGUGCACCCCGCGUUCAGGAGCCCCGAGGAUCUCGGAGCAGCCCCACGGGAGCGGAGCAGCGACACUGCCAAGGAGCACCCAGGGGUGCUGGGACCCCCACCCGGCCACCCCUCAGCCCCCCAGCCCGGCCCAGAGCCCCCCAACGAGCCCAGACCCCUUCUGGGGUCCCCUGAACCCCGAAGAGCUGCAGGCAAUGGAAACCCAGAGCUCCAGGCGGGCACCUCCCGUCCCCGACACGGCGCCCGGGCAGGGGAUGGCACAGAGGAGGAGGAGGAGGAGGAAGAGGAGGACUCCUGGUGCCCCACCUGCUCCUCAUCUUCGGACUCAGACUCGGAGGAGGAGGGUUUCUUUUUCGGGAAGCCCAUCCCCAAGCCCGGCAUGGAUUCCCUGGGCAGGGAGCCCCCGGGCAGGGGCAGGGGCAGGACGGCCAAGCACUGCAGCGUGUGCUAACAGCGGGCUGGGGGUCCCGAGUGGCACUGCCAGCUCCUGCCAUGGCCUCAGCGCGUUCCAAUCACACCCUGGCGGCGGCCCAAGGCUGGUGGGAGAAGCGGCUGGGAUCGCUGCCCCCGGCAGAGCAGAGGCUGCCAUUCCUGCCGGGCUCUGCCGCAAUUAGGAACAGGUAAAGCAGGAAGGGAGCGGGGCCGGGCCGGCCCCCAGCACCUCCCACGAGGCGGCAGCUCCGGAGCGGGGCAGCUGCCAGCAUCCCCCCACUGCUGGGGAGCACGGGGGAUCCUUCCCGGGACUGCUCCGUGCCACCUCUCUCCAUCCCUGGGGCACCGUGUCCCCGCUGCCACCACGGGCAGGGGACAAAAUCUGGCUGAAAUCUGAACUCAGGGUCUGCCCCGUCCCUUCCCACCCCAUUGUGACACUGACAAUGUCACCAGGGCCCCACUGCCACCUCUCUCCAUCCCUGGUGGCACCGUGUCCCCAUGGGGAGGGGA